AUGGCGGCGGACGAACGACCUUAUGAGCAGUCGCUACCAUGGCGAGCAGCUUCCUCCACCACACUGGGCAUGGUAGGCUUCUUGUCUCGCUCAUUUCUUUACGCAUUCAACAGAACGGAAGUUCGAGGUUUGGAUCGUUUCCUUGAGAUUCUCGACGAAAGACGAGWCGAGAAAGCCAGAACACGAGGUCUCAUUACUGUGUCCAACCAUGUGAGCAUAGUAGAUGACCCCUUAGUCUGGGGCGCGUUACCACAUCGCUACUUCUGGAACACGAACAAUAUGCGAUUCUCGUUAGGCAGCGCCGACAUCUGCUUCCAAAAUGCACUGGCAUCCGCCUUCUUUACAUUCGGAAAUACCCUGCCAACUCAUCGAUCCGCUCAUUCUCAAUUCGGAGGCCUGUUCCAACCCACAAUGACACAGUGCGUACGGCUACUKAGCGAUCCACACGCAAGUCCAGGCGAGCCGCUACCUGCUGAAGCGGCCCGUCCAGUACUCAGUCUUCCACCUUCAGAUCCAUUCUCAUCAGCUCAGCUCACAUACUCCACCACUGGAUCUGACAGCUAUCCCGCUCCAUCUGCUUACCCUAGCAGAAGACAUAGUUGGGUCCACAUAUUUCCGGAAGGCAUGAUUCAUCAGCAUCCGGACCGUGUCAUGCGAUACUUCAAAUGGGGCGUUGCUCGGCUCAUACUCGAGGCUGAACCAUGUCCGGAUGUAGUGCCCAUGUGGAUCGACGGUCCUCAGCAUGUCAUGGACAAUGAACGUACAUUUCCGAGAAUAUUCCCCCGUGCCGGAAAGGACAUCAGCAUCAAUUUCGGCGACCUUGUUGAUUCUGAGAGGGUAUUUGGACCAUUCAGAGAGAGGUGGAGAGAUAUGAAGGAAAGAGCAAAACGCAAGCGUGUUUCGAACGGGAUGGAACCAGCAGGGGAGGAACUGGGAAUUCUUACUGAUCACGAUCUGAAGUUCAGCGAAGAGGCCCAGCAGCUUAGGAUCGAAGUCACCAUGGCAGUGCGGAAUGAGGUCCUCAAAGUUCGACGCUCUUGUGGCCUUGCUGAUGAAGACCCGAAGAGGGCGCUCGCCGACACGUGGCGAGAAGAGGGCAGCUCGCUGCAAGAGGGGCUGCGACAGGACGGCAGCUCAAUAAAAUUGGGAUGA